AUGGAACUUAAUGUGCAUAGAAGAGCUAGACGGAAGGAUCCUGUCACUCAUCAAAAUGGUGAUGUGAACGCAUUAGAUGUUGAAGAGGACCUUGAUCCCUGGACUGCCUGGGCAUAUAAGCCUCGUACAAUUACAUUAUUACUUAUUGGUGCAUGUUUUCUGAUUUGGGCAAGUGGUGCACUUGAUCCUGAACCCAAUUCAACUAGUAAUCUGGUUACUUCUGUGAAAAGAGGUAUAUGGGCAAUGAUUGCCAUGUUUCUUGCUUACUGCUUGUUGCAAGCUCCUUCUACGGUACUUAUCAGGCCACAUCCUGCAAUUUGGCGCCUGGUUCAUGGAUUGGCUGUUAUUUACCUUGUUGCAUUGACAUUUUUGCUAUUUCAGAGGCGUGAUCAUGCUCAGCAGUUCAUGAAAUACCUGCAUCCCGAUCUUGGCGUUGAACUUCCUGAAAGAUCAUAUGGUGCUGAUUGCCGAAUUUAUGUAUCUGAAAGUCCUACAAACAGGUUUAAGAAUGUUUAUGAGACACUUUUCGAUGAGUUUGUUAUCGCUCAUAUUCUUGGUUGGUGGGGAAAAGCUAUAAUGAUACGUAAUCAGCCACUCUUGUGGGUACUGUCAAUUGGAUUUGAGUUGAUGGAGCUGACCUUUCGCCACAUGUUACCUAACUUCAAUGAAUGCUGGUGGGAUAGCAUUAUCCUUGAUAUAUUAAUCUGCAAUUGGUUCGGUAUUUGGGCAGGAAUGCGUACAGUUCGGUACUUCGACGGGAAAACUUAUGAGUGGGUUGGUAUCAGCAGGCAGCCAAACAUCAUAGGCAAAGUCAAAAGAACACUGGGACAAUUUACACCUGCACGGUGGGACAAAGAUGAAUGGCACCCUCUUCUUGGACCAUUGCGAUUUAUUCAAGUUCUCAGCCUUUGUAUUGUUUUCAUGACUGUGGAACUUAAUACAUUCUUCAUGAAAUUUUGUCUUUGGAUUCCUCCUCGAAAUCCCAUCAUAGCAUAUAGGUUAAUUAUGUGGUGGCUUAUUGCAAUACCAACUAUUCGUGAAUACAAUUCUUACCUACAAGACAGAAAACCAGUGAAAAAGGUGGGAGCUUUUUGUUGGCUUUCUCUGGCUAUCUGCAUUGUGGAACUCCUCAUUUGUAUCAAGUUUGGACAUGGUUUGUUUCCUAAUUCCAUGCCCAAGUGGUUGGUGAUUUUCUGGACCUCUGUUGGGAUUGGAUUUGUGAUAAUCUUGGCUUCAUGGUCUUGGCAUUUGCACAGAUCAACGCAGAGAAAGCGCCAAUAA